CAGAACUGUCAGUUCGCAUAGAACUUACUUUUUGAUCUAGAUCAGCCUGUUCGUUCUCUGUUUCCGGCAUCUUGUGCUAUAGUUAGUACCGCAUUUAUUUUGCUGCUUUACCAAAAGUGGUAACUAUCAUCUAAAACCAAAAACAUUCAAAGCGUGAGAAUGCCAGAAUUGACUGAAAUUACGGAGAGCACCGCAGCGGCUGCAGGCGCAUCUGUUGCUCCCAGCACCUCCGCCGACAAUACGGAGGCCAAAUUGGAAGAUGCUCCAAGUGACACCGAAUCGGAGGACACCAUCCCUGAAUUGGAAGACGCAGGAUCAGCAUCCGCACAGCUAUCCACUGGUGGCUUACCAGACCUAGUCUCGAAGGCCAAGCAGUCCCGUGGUGAGAAGAAGGCUCGCAAAAUUAUGUCAAAACUAGGACUGAAGCCAGUGCAAGGCGUGAACCGAGUGACGAUUCGCAAAUCAAAGAAUAUCCUGUUCGUGAUAAACAAUCCAGAUGUAUAUAAAAACCCGCACAGCGAUACCUACAUCAUUUUUGGUGAGGCCAAGAUUGAAGAUCUCUCGCAGCAGGCCCAGGUAGCAGCAGCGGAGAAAUUCAAGGCCCCAGAAGCAUCCCCGGCUGCUGGAGAAGCCGCAGGAGCUACCACCUCAGUUGCACCCAUUGCCGAAGAGGACGAGGAAGAAGUGGAUGAAACUGGUCUCAACGAUAAAGACAUCGAGCUGGUCAUGCAGAAUGCGAAUGUCCCCCGCGCCAAGGCAAUCCGAGCGCUGAAGGAGAACUCGUAUGAUGUCGUGAACGCGAUCAUGGAGUUGACGAUGUAAAACUCGAAGUCGUCUCAAAUGAUGGUUCAUGAUCGCACCCCCCCCCCCCCUCCUCUUCAAAUACCUUCUAGUAGUAAUAGAACAUUAUAUAUACAGACAGAAACAUCUCUAGUUCUGAAAAGCGCGUUAAAAGAAGGAACAAUAAUGGAACAAGUUUGUUGCAGACGAUGUAUGUGCAACUGGUUUGGGAUAUUAUUAAUUUUAUUGCUAAUAAUACUACUACUAUUACUGCAACACACAUACAGAUACUAAGGUCUAUUCUUACGUUUAUCACGCUAGGAAAAAACAUGAAAAAACAAUAAAAUAUACCAAAUUCGGAAAACA